AUGCCCUACCACGCCCCAGAUGAGGCCGCCCUCUCCCAAAGCUCCAGCCCCCUGGCCGACAGCAAGGAGAUUGCGUCCAACCUCCCGCCCGCCAGGGACGUGCCUUUCCCAUCUGACCUUGCAUCAUCUGUCCCCCAGGCGGCCACAACGUGUAGCCAGGACCGGCACUGCGCCCACGGGCUCUUCUGCGAUAAGCACUUCCGGCUGUGCCUUCCCCUGCGCCAGGAGGGGCAGUACUGCCGCCGCGACACCCAUUGCGCCAGGGGCCUGACCUGUAUGUUUGGCAAGUGCCACAGGACCGUGCCGGACGGGCAGGAGGGUGCUCGCUGCCGGCAGGACAAGGACUGCGGCGUGGCCGCCUGCUGCGCCCGCCACCAUGGCGAGCUGCUCUGCAAGAAGAGGCUGGCCUUGGAUGAGAGCUGCUUUGUGCCCCAGGGAGGCCUGGCCUUCAGCAUCAACCAGGUCUGCCCCUGCCAGGAGGGGCUGGUGUGCAGGACCGGGGCUGCUGGCCGAGAGAAAGCGUUCGAGUAUUGGCAGGAUAAAAGUGACUGGAGAUGCAUGAAGCCCUUGCUGUAG